AUGACACUUCAGUGUAAAAAAGAAACUAAAGUUGACAACGAAACUAAAAACUUAAUCAAUAGAUCAAUAGAAGUAAUACGAAAAUGUUCCAAAGAUAGUUUAAUUGAUAUUUCUUGGGAGCCUAAUUUAGACAAUCUUAAAGACAAUGAGAGCAAUAGCACACUGCCUUUUGUAAGUAUUGUGAUGACAGAUGUAAGUAAAUCCGACUCUUCCACUCAAACGGAGUCAAUUGCUACACUAAACAACAGUAGCAUGGUAGAUGUAAGCCUGUCAUUUAGUAAGGAAUUCAAUUUAGAAGAAUCUACAUCUAACAAGAAUUCUGAGCAGUGUUUGGUUAAUAAGAGAUAUAGAAACGAUUCAUUUGAAGACAAUGGGGAAUUUCGACCCUUGAAGAAGACGAAAUGUACUGUACUCAGUACACCAAGCCAUUCGACUAAUUUUUUAACAGAAAGUAAGCCACUUAAAUCAUCGGACUCAUCUAGCAGGAUGUCAACAGGAUCAGAAGCAUCAUUUAAAUCUAUAAAUAGCAAUAGCUCAUAUAAGAUUCGUAAAAGAAGGCUAAAAUCGGACACGAGUUUAAUUAGGAACGCACUGCAAAGAUCAAGAAAGAAAACUAGUGAAACUCCACGCAAAGAUAAGGGUGUCCGUCGCGGCAAUCCCAAGAAGUCAUGGCGUCUCCUGGACAUAUGCACUUGGAUUGGCCGAAAGGGUUACCAGUCUUUAACUGGUCUGUACUCUGACAUAAUUCGUGAACCAGCCAGCUGCAAGGGAAGCUGUGAAAACUUUGUGGUAGAAGAAGUCAAAGAACUACGAAAAUUCUUAGAGGAACUAAACACAAAGCAUUCGCGAUUGGCCCAAGAAAACGAGGACUUACAUGAAAAAGUGAAGAAAAUGACCAUCAAAAUCGAUGAACUAGAGACUAAAUUAAGUCGGCAAGAUAUUCAAGUAGCUCCAGUGAAGGGUCCGCCACCACCGCCUCCUCCUCCUCCCCCGCCGCCACCACCGCCACCUCCGCUCCAGCCCGUCUCAAAGCUGCCACGGUCAAACACACUACCCCGAUGUGGCUCAGCGCCUCCAAGGGUCACCGCGCCCAGACUUACUAUCACGCCUGAAGACAUUGCUAAGGUCAAGCUGCGAAAAGCUAAGGACCAUCCCGUGCGAACUAAACCAGCGCCUAAAGAGAGUCAGCCGUUGGUCACACAGGACAUGUUGCAGUCAACGCGUGCCAAGCUAGGCCGUUCACGGCCCGUCGCGGCUUCCACACCGAAACAGCAACUUACCGAACUGGAGAAAUGCUUACUACAAGAAACGUCGGUGACGUCACUAUUUCGUCGGCGAGUAUCGCGUGGUUCGUUCCGCAGUGCGGAGGAGUUGCGGGUCCGACCGUAUCCUGCCCGCUCCCCGCGCUCCCCACGCUCCCCUCGUGCAAAUUCUCUGUCGCGCGUCGCUACUAUAGCACCAAUAAAGUUUCCUCUUUUACUACCUAAUAAAGAAUAA